AACGCAUCUGAGCUACAAACCAGCGCUUUGACACUCUGGGCAAGAACAAUUCAGCCACAAAUGGCAACGUCGUUAGGGCACACGCCAGCCAUCCGGCGAUCGUCGUACGAGCAAUUACUAGAACAAAUGUCGCCAGAUCAGCCGACAGAAGCACACGGCGAUGAUGCACAGCAAACGCCAGCCACAGCCGACGCGCCAACAGCCACCAGCGCCACUGCCACUGCCACUGUCACUGCCACUGCCGAAAUCACGCCAACCCCUUCGAAUCUUACUGCUCCUGCUUCGGCCGCCCCUUCUACAACCACCCCUGCUGUCGACGCAGCACCACCACAAGCUGCACAAAUGUCCUACGCAGCGCUCGAGCAGCAGCGCAUCCUAGAGUGGCACCAACGAGAGAAGGCGCGCGAGGCAGAGCGUGAAAAGCGCUUCAAGAGCGAUCGCGAGCUGUACGGACUGCCCGAGUUCCACAAAAUGUUAGCAGACGCGCAACCAAACUGGGAUGCGUACUGGACGGACGUGCAAAAGGCCGUGGAAUACCUCACCGACUUUUCCCAAAAGUCGGACGCCACGCCACCCAUCUCGGAAAACGCGGAGGCCAGCAUGUUGGCCACCUUUGCUGGGCAGCAACCAGGCCUCUCGGCGUCCUUCACGAGCAUUGCCAGCAAUGGCAGCAACGGUAGUAGCACCAGCAAUAGCAACGCGCCGAGUGCACGCGCGAGCAUGUACAGCGACCUCAACUACCCGUUGGGGCGGGAUUCCACCACCUCGUCGCACAGCUCGCUUGCGAGCGCCGUUAGCGCCUCGGAAGCCACUCCGCCUUCGUCCUCGGGCUUUUUGGCACCCGCCACCGCCGCGGCAACGUCCACCGUCGGUCGGCGGCACAAUUCGCGCAGCAGCGUCAACAGUCUCACUAGCACCAUCUUUGCCACCAUUGGCGUGCAUUCUGCCAACACCGCCGACGGCUUUAAGCCUCGGUACACGCUGUCUGAAAUGCAAUCCCGCUUCCAGAGCAUCUAUCCCGAAUACUGGACGUUUCUGAAUGAGACGCACAAAUUCUCUGGCCACAUGCACGACUUUUACGACACUCUAUUCAUGUACGGCUUCCGAACCACAGAGCGAACGGGCAGCGGCGGCUUCCGCGAGCAGCGCAAUGCCCACAUGAACAUGGACCGCUACAUGAUUGACCCGAAGGAGUUUGGACGAGCAGUUUGCGUCUACCUGCGGCAGCAACGCAAGCUAUUCCACACGCGAACCCUCUGGCACGACGGACGGCGGCCGGCUCGCUCGCCCAAUUCCUUCGCCCAGAAAGAAAUUUUCAACCAGGUCAAGUCCGACCGGUGCGUGCACGUGCUCAAUCUGGGCGACAUUCACGGCUGUUUUGGCGCGCUUCUCAACUUUUUGGCAGGCCUUGCCGACCAGCGGCUGCUCGAUGACCAAUGGCGGCUACUCAGCCCGGACGUCUGCGUGGUGCUGACGGGCGACUUGGCCGACCGCGGCUUUUUCGGCGUCGAAGUCUGGCUUGCUGUCCUGUACCUGCUGAUUCGCAACCCGAAUCAAGUGUUUGUCCUCAAAGCCAACCACGAGUAUGGCGCCGAGAACGAGUUCCGGCACGACGAGUGCCCGCUCAAACUGCGCCUCAGCCCCAAGAUUUUCCAGCACAUUUUCUACCGCAUCGCAGAAACAUUUCCCGACCUCCUCUUCCUCGGCAUCAAAUCGGCCAACGAGAUCAAUUACUUUGUGUACACGCACGGCGCCGUGGAGCCCGGCUACGUCCCCAACGGGUUUCUCGCGGCCUCCCCGAAAACGCGCUUCCAUCUGAUUGAGUCGUACGAUCGCACCUGGUUCUUUGAUCACCUGUCGCGAACCGACCCGGCGCUGUGGAAGCGUGUGCAAGGGGCGCGGUACUUUUCCGAGAUUCCCCAGGUGAUUGUUUCGCAGCCCGACGGCGCAUUUGGCGGCGGUCCCAUCUGGAACUGCUACCAAAACCAGAGCGACUACGAGCUCGGCCGCAUGGGGCAAGGCAUUGCCAUCUCCAAGGACGUGCUGAUUGCCACGUUCGGAUUUUGGGCCACAGACACGGAAGAGGAUUUAAUCAUGCCGCAGUCGGGUGGAGCUUCCGGCGGCACUCUGGUGGCUGCUGCACAGCGCACCGUCACCGUUAACGGCUCGUCGUCCUCCUCUUCACGACCGGGCAUUCCAUUUUUUGGCGCUCCAGGAAGCCAGCCCUCCAUCAUCACCACCCCUCCACCCCCCGAGUCGAGCGCUUCUACUCCUGCUUCUGCUUCUGCUUCUGCGACUACUUCUACUUCGGCCAAGACGGACGACGAUGCCGAGUUUGAGGCCUUCCUCGCCAACUCUGGCUUGAACGGCGCCGCCAGCAAAGGCGGAAGCAUGCGCGACAAGCGAUCCAGCCGCAUCAAAGUCGGCUUUGGAAGCCUGCGCAAAACCUUGCGCAUGUCGCUCGACCCCAAGGAGAUUGAGGCCAUGGAGGCAGCUGCCGCCGCUGCCGAAGCGCCCGCUGCGCCCGCACUCACCACAGCGGCGGCAGCGGAUGCAGCGAGCAAAGGAGCAAAGGACAAGGAGAGCAGCAGCAGCAGCAGCUGGUUUGGCAAGCUCUUCCGUCGCAAGAAGGACGAGCCCGAGCAACAGGCGCAAGCAGAGCCGGAAGGGUCGUCUUCUGCGCGCGCCCGCCGUCCCAACACCAUCUCCCGCGUCGGCACGACCUUCCGACACCGCAAGGGCUGCAAGACCCCAGUGUUCCACCUCAACAUUGGCGGCCACGAGCACGGCGCGGGUCUGGAGAUUGACCCCCUCGCCAUCGCACGCGAGGCUGGUGGCUAUGCGCCGUUCUGGCGCGUCAAUCCCGACAGCCGCAAGUUCUACGUGUACAAGUUCUUCAACAUGCAGGACCUGCUGUACUACAAGCUGAACGACGUGAGCUACGGACGCCUGUCCCUGCAAGUCUCGCAGGACAAGGUCGGCUGGAGCAUGGAGGGCGACCCCAUCCAGGAUGUUCUUGGUCUCUACGAGUCCAGCAUCCGCUGUCGCUCCCUGUUCAACUCAAAGUAUGGCGAUGAUGUCUUUGGCGAGGAGAAGAGCAUGUAAUGUUUGGGCGCAACUUUUUUUGUUUUUGUUUUGUUUUUGUACUUCAUUUAUUCCGAGUUGUUUGUUUGAGUGGGGGGGGG